AUGACCGAGCCGCGCAUACCGGCCAAGGCCUCGUCGCGCCUGUCCUCCUCGGCCCUGGCGGCCGCCGGCUCAUCUCCAGGCGUCGUUUCGAGCUCCGUUCGCUCUCGAUCCCGGCGCCUUGUCAGCAGCGGCCAAGGACAAGACGCCGACAAUCUCGGCCAUCUAGAGAACAGCGGUGGCGUCUCGGCCAAUCGCUUUGUAAGCCCUCCGUCGGCUGGCCGUCCAGAUGCGAGGCCCGGACGGGACGAUGGCCCCGGCACCGUGGCACAGUUUCUCGGCGAUUCAUGGUCGCAAGGCUGGAGCUCGGUCCAGGAGCUUGCCGGCAUGUUCUUGCCAGCCGGUGACGAUAAUAAUGGAACGAGAGCGCUACAGUCUCCGUCCCGUUCCCGAGUCCCAGCCCGACCCCACGCCCGGGCACGCGAACACUGGAGCAGCAGCGCCGGCAAAACCUCCAAUGCGUGGGGGCCGACUCCUCCUCUGCACAAAUCAAGGCUGGAUGAAGUGGCUGCCGGGUCUGUCGCUGAGAGAGAAGCAGCACUCAAGGCGGCACGGACAGCAAGCGUUUUGGAAAGCCACGAUGGCGUCAAUGGCGGCCUGGACGUCAUGGGCAGGCAUAAACGUCGAAAUUCCGGCGAAGAUGCCUCCGCUAAUCCGCAGCCGGAAGAUUGCCUCGUCUAUAUACACCAUGUCCAGCCCGACGACACAUAUGCUGGACUCAUACUCCGGUACAAGUGCAGGGAGGACGUUUUCAGAAAAGCCAACGGACUGUGGUCAAGAGACAGCAUCCAGACACGCAAGUGGCUGGCAAUACCGGUCGAUGCUUGUGAAAUCCGGGGCCGCCCCUGCGUUGAAGCGCCAUCGUGGCAAUGUUCCCCACAGACCGAUCUCCUGGCGUCGACACCUGGGGUCCAUAACGAGUCGCUGUCCGGCGAUCGAACCGACCAGGACGACUACUUCAAGAGGUGUGAUGACGCUGGGGCUACCGAAAGCAAGCAAGCGCAGAGUGAGGAAGAACCCUGGAUUCAUGUCAGCUGGGUCCAAAUAGAUUCGUUUCUUCAACCCGUGCAGAUUGGUCGCGUUUCGAGACAGACCUUGGGUUAUUUCCCACCGCGGCGGAAGAAGAGCAUCAGGACCGUCUCGUCCCUCUCAACACCGCGGCAAAGCUCGGAAAUCUACGUUGGGCCCCCCGGCUUCGCAGCGCAUUGCUCGUCUCGGAGACAAAGCCCACUGGGCGGCCGCCCGCAGCCAUCUGGAAGGCCCGUGUCGUUUCACAGCUGCAGGGAAAACGACGCGGAUGACAGCAGGCCUGCCUGGAUGCGUCGCCCGGGCGGUGUCGGCUCCAUGGGAGGGAACAUGCGAGCUCCAGGGCCAGAUGGACUGCCCUCCAUGUCCAUUAUGGGAUCGGAUAUAGCCCGCUUUGGGUUCACGUCGGAGACGUCGGGAAUCGUCGAAAGCCCGUUCGAGGACGGGCGAGACGCCACGUCAGCCUCCCGACAUGGCAACGGCCUGGACAGAGCCGCCGCCGCAGUCGAGGGCUGGCUGCGAGGUGCCUUGGCCAAGCGACCGAGCACGCCAAUGAUUGGGGGCCGGGCUCGACCGACGGGGCUGUCAGCAGGGCACAUUGACAGUGAUCUGAUUGAGUUGGCAGAUACGGGAAGUGAGGACGGCAAACUCUCUACAAACGAUGUGUCAACGGCGCCGCCAGAUCCCUUUUCGGGAGCCAGCGGUCGAAGCGAUGGUGAGGGAUCAGUAAACAGGAGGCCGGUGGUGACUGGGCUCGGCAGUAUGAGAGGUCGCCAGAAGGACGACUAA